GUCUAGAAGGCGCAUGCAGUAUUGAUCCUCUCUCUCGAUAGUUGCGACACAUCAAUGUUCUAAACAUAUACAUUCGUCGUUCAAAUCCUGCCUGUGUGGCUAUAUAUAUAUGUAGAUGUGGACCCGUUAAUCCAUUUGUGUACGGCUACUAUUCAAAACAGUUGAAAUGAUCGGCUGGGUUACACUAGACGUUGGGGAGAAGGCAAUCAUCCACAGUUUGGAUGGACAGGCAAGGAUCGAAGAAGGUCCAAAGCGGAUGUUCCUAUGGAGGGAGAAAUUUCAAGAGUUAACAAAAUAUUCAGCCAAUCAGAAUGAGUAUCUUGUGGUCAGGUACCUGGAUGGAUGUACAGAGCAUAUCCCGGGGCCACAUGUGAUGUACAGAAACCCGGUGAGAAUUUCCAGUAUCACCAUUCAAGAGGUCAUCUCCAUGGAUGCCAAUGAGGCACUUGUAGUGUAUGCCAAGAAUAAAAGUGACGACACUGUCAAGCGCUACAUCAAGUAUGGGCCCUGUCAGUUCAUGCCUGCCGACAGUGAAUGGCUGCAUGACUUCGAGUGGCAUGGCACAGAUCCACAGAACAAAACUCACAUUAUCCGAGAUGGGAGUAAGUUUAAAAAGCUGAAGAUCAUCCCAGACCAAUUCUAUUACAAUGUGGAUGAGGUACGGACAGCUGAUGACGCUCUCAUCCGAGUCAAGUUGAUGAUAUUCUAUGAGCUUGUUGAUAUUGAAAUAAUGCUGAAUGCUACUAGGGAUCCGAUUGCUGAUUUUGUCAACUGUCUGUGUGCGGAUGUCGUGACUUUUGCAAGUCAGAGAACGUACAUGGCAUUUAUAGAACAGUCUUCGAAACUGAAUGACCUUGACUGUUAUCCUCAGCUGUUGGAGAGAUGCAAGGCCAUUGGCUAUGUCGUGUCAAAGGUCGUGUUUCGGGGUUACUUUGCUCAUGACAAACUUCAGAAGUUGCAUGACCGUGCGAUUGAUAAGCGAAGUCAGCUCAAACUCCAGUACGAACAAGAAGAACAGUUCCAGGACUUGACUGAUGUGAAGCUGCAGAAUGAGAUGCAGAGAUUAGACCAGGAACAAACCAUGGAGCUACAACAGCUGAAGCACCAGCAGAAGAUGGAGAAGGACAAGCUGAUCCACAAUCUCCUGAUGGAGAAGAAGGAAAGUGACGACAGCCUUGCCAAGGUCUCGCUGGAGAAGCAGGCACAGCUCAAUGCCCAGAAGGCGAUUGAUGAUCAGGAGCUAACCAAUCUGAUGAAGCUGUCAAAACUGAAGGUGUCCCUGACCAGCUACCUGGUGGCCGACUCCCAACAACCAGCCUCUAUCACACGCAUCCUUGCCAACUCCCCCACAGUACAUCUCCAUCACAGCGGCGCAGGUGCCCCUCCCAGUCAGGAUGUAGCGACUAAGUUGCCUCAAGCGCUUUCCACAACAUUGUGACAGAACACAUGACCCCUAGCUGCCGUCAUUUAAGGACUCUUCCUCAUUCUGAGAUCCAGGCUUUCCACUGAGACAGAACACAUGCCACCUAGGUGUCGUUUUUUAAAUGAAGUGUUCCUCAUCUUGAGAUCCAGGCUUUCCACUGAGACAGAACAUAUGACACCAAGCUGUUCUUUAAGUUAAACAAAGUGUUCCUCAUCUUGAGAUCCAGGUGAACCAUCUACCUGUAUAUACUGUGGCCUUGUUACAGAUGAUCUCACCUGAGUCCUUCCUUGAUUCCUUUAUUGGUGCAGUGGCUUUACUCCCAUACUCCCUUCUGUUGGGCAAAUCCAUUCAGCAGACGCAGGUGACAGCAUGUAGUUAAUCUGUGCACUGGACCGUGACAUGUGUUGUUUUAAGCUGUAGCUCUUAUGGGAGGACAGUGUGCAGUGUAUUAAUUCCAUUCUUGUUGCAGCCCUAUUCCAUACCAAUUAUUACCAGAAUGGGUGACUGUUGGUUGGGAAUAUACAAAUACUAUCCUUUUGAUAACAGAUAUCAUAAGCUCAGAUUUUCACUGAUUUUCUCCUAAAGCAUGGCAUGUUUUAUUUUUUUAUGCAUAU